AUGGGCUAUGACACAACUGGUGACGAUUAUAAGAUCAUUAUGAUUAGCAUAGGUAGGCCUACUCGUGCAAAAAUAUCCAGUGAAAUCCUAGCGCUAAAAAGUGGUUCCUGGAGAAGUAGUGAAUAUCCAACUGGCAUUCACCGUUUGACUGGUUUUUACGAUACUGGUAUGGAUUAUUUGGCAUUUGUACAUGGAGCAUUCCAUUGGGUUGGCUUGUCACGAUAUUAUACUAUUGUUUCAUUUAAUAUUUCAAAUGAGGUGUACGGAGUGAUACAGUUGCUGGAGCAAAUGUGCUAUAAUUUAGAGAGAGAAACUACGGAGAAAAGCGAUAUUGGGCUUUCAAUAUUGGAAGGAAUGCUUUGCUUUUAUUCUACAUAUAAUAGAGGGGUGGGCAACUUUAACUUGUGGGUAAUGAAAGACUAUGGUGUUAAGGAAUCUUGGACGGUAUUGCUUACAAUUCAAGAUUCUAAUCUUUAUUCACUUAGACCAAGAUACAGGUAUGCGGAUGGUGAAGUGCUACUACGCUGUAGGCCUCUACAACAUCUUUAUGUUGUUGAAUAUACGACAUCCAAGGGACCAUUUGGAUUAUGCCUUUCAAAGAAUGUUCUAUAA